AUGAACAGCAGCGCGUGGCUGGGGCCGCAGUUCACGGCCGAAGAGUUCGAGAUCCUCGAGGUCAUUCGACCCACGUCAUCGUUGUCGUCGUCGCCGAGCCCUGAGGCGAAGCGGCGCCACGCCUCCAAGCUGGCGUCGCAGCGCACGCAGCGCCACCGCAAGAAGCAGCAGGACGAGCUUGUCUACUUGAAGCGCAAGGUCGACGAGCUACAGUGCCAGCUCACGCAACUCACGCUCACGCAAGCCAUGUUCCCGCCCGAGCCCGAUAGCAAGUGGAAGAAGCUGGCGAAGGACGAGCGCAAGCGGCAGGCCGACGUGCUGCACGAGAACAAGCGCUUGAAAACCGCGAUUGAAGAGCAGGUCCACUUUGCCGAGUGUCUUGUCGAGAUCCUCAAGCGUCAACCUCUCCUCGACGACGCGGCCCAGGAUCAGCAGUGGAAGCUCCUCAAGCUCGUGGCCGAACCCCGUGCGCGUCACGCGGCGUACCACGCUAUCGUCGACCACGAGUACGCCAAGAUGGACAGCGUCUUCAUCGAGGUCGGCAUUAUCGACUUUGCUCAUGGCGACCGUCGGCGCGCGAUGCCCCAGCUCCUCGACAACGGCGACAUUGAGGUCGAAGAAAUCGUGAUUGGGCGGUUCGCGGUGCCGCUUUCGAUCGUGGCCGAGGCGACAUGGGACGUCCUUCGCGGCGCCGUCCAGGUCUCUGCGUUCCCAGGCCACUACACUAUUUUGGAGCACAUUGAUGCCUCGACAGCCUACACCAACUCGUACUGCCUCCAUGAGCUCGGCAACUCGCAGUCGCGCACGGUCGUAAAAAAGUACAUGGAGUCGCCAUCCCGCUGCGUCUUUGUGUGCCGCAGCGUCACGGAAGACGAAUUGCUGCCGCUGGACCCGGCCUAUGUCACGUGCAACGAAGUUUCGUGGCUCGCCUUUGACGUCGACGAGAGCGGCUGUGCGCUUGGCCGCUUCGUCCAGAAGGCGUGGCUGCGCCCCGGUGAGCUCGUUGCAGGUGGUGUUGUCCCCGACUAUCUGAUGAACGCGUACACCGAAGGCACACGGUCGCUCGAGGAUGCGAUCAAGACGCAAAUCACCAAGCUCAUGGGCAUGCAGUGCGAGCCCUGGACCGUAUAA